AUGCAAUCAGUUAAUCAAAAACCUGAACUGGUUACAAAUAUGAUAAAAGAAGCUGAAAAGUACACUUUAGUGGGAAUCGACAUUGACGCUACUGGCCGUCGUUUAAUAAAUGAAAUCGUCCAACUUUCCGCAUAUAAUCCCAAAUCACAGUAUUCGCAAUAUAUAAUGCCAUACAUGAAUCUUAAUGCAGCUGCAAGGCAAAGGCACCAACUGAGAGUCGUAACAAUUGGAUAUUACAGAAUGUUGCAAUGCACCAGAACUAAUAAAAUAGUUAAAUCAAAGUCUGAAAUUGCCUCAUUAAACGAUUUCUUAGACUGGCUACAUGUGUUAGUAAAAACUGAUCCAAAUUCAAGCGGUGUAAUAUUAAUAUACCACGAGGAAAGGAAAUUUGUGCCAUAUAUGAUUAUUGAAGCUAUAAAGAGAUAUAACUUAACAGAAAGAUUUUUGACUAUUGUAAAAGCUUUUGCCAAUGGGUAUGAAUUUGCUAAAUUAAAAUGCUCCGGUAAUCUUAAAAUAUAUUCAAUUCGGAGGUUAUCUAAAACAUUGUUAAAUAAAAAUGAAAUUAUAUAUCACUCCAACUACAGAAAUUCUCCAAAACAAAGUAGGAAUGGCAAAAAACUUUACUUUGAAGGAUGCGCAAGCGUACGGGCUAAACUAGCUUUCGAAAUAUAUCAAUAUUUAGCCGUUUCGAACUGCCCUGGAGGGGAGCGUAACUUACAAAAACAUAAUGUAUCAGAUGAUGAUAUAAACGGUAUUUUGGAAUUUAAUGUUAACGCUUUACAAGCCAUGCUAAAAUAUAUAGUAGAUAUUGCAAAACCAAUAACCGAUGAUUUUAAUGAACUCGAUAAAGAAAAAAAGAGUCUUGACCGUCAAAACUCGUUCCGUCCUGUUUUUUUAAGAUAUUUUGAAGCGGCGUUAUAUCACAGAGUAAGGGCUGUUAAAUUUAGAAUAAUAUUAUCCGAAAGUGGCUAUGAUUAUGAAAAUUUAAAAGCUAUUUGGACUGAAAAAAGAAGAGAAGGCUUAACAGAAGUUAUUCAGACAAUUCCUUUACUAAAAAAUGCGGAGAAGGAUGAGUUAAUUAAUUUGCUUGAUGCUCAUUAUGAUCCAACAAAGCCGCCCAUGCAACCUCCAGCUAGAAAACAUAAAAGUCACCACCGAAAAUUUAAAGAUAAAAGAAAUUUAAAAAUUUCUGAUGCUCGACUUAAUCAUAGCAAAGAAAAUAAGAGAAAUACAAAAGAAAAUGAAGAACUUCUUACAUCACCUCAGGUUUAA